AUUCCAAAUUUAAACACAUUAAACUAAUAGUUUUAUGCGCAUGCUAAUUAAAAAUAUUUAAUAAUUAUAAAUAUAAUUAAAUAAUCAAAAAAGGAAGGAAGAAUGGGCCAAUAAAUCUAAAAAGCUAUUGCCUUUGUUAAAUAACCAUAGAAAAGAAGUGUGUGUAUCUUCGGGUUAGAUUAAGCAGGAAAAACAACAAUCCUUUAUUACAUGAAAGAUAAUAAAAUAGUAGCAACUACUUCAUAAGCAAGAUUUAAUUUUGAAGUCUUUUAAUAUUAAGAUAUUCAAUUUAAAGUGUGUGAUUUAUAAUAUAACUAAAAUAUGAGAUUGAUCUAUCAUCAUUAUUAUAGCAAUUGUGAUGCUAUUGUAUUUGUAAUUGAUUCAAGUGAUUCUUAAAGAUUUAAUCAAGCUAAGGAAAUUUUAGAAUUCUUAUAUUAAGAUCAAAUAUUGAAAAAUAUACCUUUAUUAGUGUUAGCCAAUAAGUAGGACAUAGCUGUUUUAAGCAUUUAAUAAAUUCAAGAAGAUCUUUAAUUAAACCAGAUUUAAAAUAUUUAAAAUUGGCACAUUUAAGGAUGCUCUUCAAUAACAGGUUAAGGCAUUAAAGAAGGAUUUAAUUGGUUAGUUAAUAUUUUUAAUUCAAACCCUAAAAAUAAAAAAAAAUGA